UCGGAAAAUGCAGAAUUCAUCGUGUCUUUUGUAUUUCUUUCCCCUCAAGGUACACCGUACAAUUCAACCAAACAUGGCGUUAACUUGAUCCAUUUGUUGCCCCAGGCAGAUCUUCUCCCUAGUGUCGCAUUUCUUCGCCGCGUUUUCUCGUAAUAAAAUUCGGUUCGCCAGCAGCUGCGGAACGCCGAUCUCCGAUCAGGAGAACUUUGGUGGAAAAUGAAUUUUUUGAGGCUGCGGUCUAUUAAUCAGACUGCAAGUCACGAGCAACAGUCUGUUAAUGAACCUCAGGAAGACGCAGUUCCAGAGAGAUCAUCUUCUGGAUCUCGCUACUCGGAGAUUGAUGAUCACAUCAAUGAGAGUGGUAGCAUGCUAGGUUCAAGUGGAAAAAUGAACUCCCAUGUUGAUAACCACUCAGAUGUUACAGAAGAUGAUGGGAUAAUUAUUAUUCCAUAUAAAGAGGUUCCAGACAAUUGGAGCGAAGCACCAGAUAUGCACUCAUAUCAAUCUCUAGAUCGUAGCUUUGUCUUCCCUGGGGAACAAAUUCAAAUACUUGUAUGUUUAUCUUCACAUAAGCAGAAUACAGAAGUUAUUACACCAUUUAAAGUUGCUGCAAUCAUGAAUAAAAAUGGGUCUGGACAAAAUUCCUCUAUACAAAAUGGUAAGGUUGGACAAGAAACCCAAACAGUUUCACAAGCUGCGGGUUCAAAUGGUGAUCAUCGAGACAAUAAAGAUAGUGAAAAAAAGAUUCAUUCAGAGAAUGAUGUACAAAUCAGUGAAUCUCUCAUUAGAAGAGAAGAACGCCGACGGCAGACUGGACAGUUGUUGCAAAGAUUUAAAGAUUCACAUUUUUUUGCUCGAAUUUCAGAGUCAAAUGAACCCCUUUGGUCAAAAAGAACUCAAGAAAUCAAUCGCAAGUUGUCUGAGACAUUUAAAGAAAAAUCGAAAUUAGAUUCUUCAGAAUCCCUUAAGAAGGAUACUAUCAGUGCUGUGAUUGACAGAGGAGAUUUUGAUGCUCGCACAUCGGGCGGAGUCACUAGAGGUGCAGUCCGAUGCUGUUCCCUUUCAAAUGGAGACAUAGUGGUGCUUUUACAGGUAAAUGUCGGGGUUGAAAUUAUAAGGGAUCCUGUGCUUGAGAUUCUUCAAUUUGAAAAGUAUCAUGAAAGGACUCUUACCCUUGAGAAUGGUCACUCACAAACAUUGUUGAAUCAUGAGCCUUAUGGUGAAUUGUUAGAAUGGUUGCUUCCUUUGAGUAAUUCUUCUUCCCCUCGACCUCCUGUAUUGAGUUCCAGUUCAAGUAUUCGAAGCACAUCAUCAAAAGCUCCAGUUGUUGGGUCCCCUGGUUCUCAGAUGUUCUCAUUUGGUCACUUUAGAAGUUACUCUAUGUCUUCAUUGCCACCGAAUGCAACACCUUCUGAAACUAUAACAACACCCACUCUUAAACCAAGUUUUCAACUGGAAGAUUGGAAUCAGUUUUCAUUCAAAAAGUUAAUUGAUGGUGGAAAAGGGAGAAAUGAAGGGAUGCUUUCUUUUCGUGGUAUGUCAUUGGUACCAGAAAAAUUUUCUGUUAGUUGUGGUUUGGAAGGGAUUUUUACUCCUGGUAGGAGGUGGAGGAGAAAAAUUAAAUUAUUUCAGCCCAUAGAAAUUCAUUCUUUUUCAGUUGAUUGCAACACAGAUGAUCUUCUCUGUGUCCAUGUAAAGAAUAUUUCUCCAGAAAACGCCCCAGAUAUUGUUGUUUUUGUAGACUCUGUAACAAUUAUUUUUGAUGAGGCAUCUAUAGGUGGACCACCCUCACCUAUACCAACCGUCUGUAUUGAAGCAGGGAAUAACUACAGUUUACCAAACUUAGAACUCAGGAAGGGGGAGGAACAUUCUUUUAUUCUCAAACCUGCAAUGCCAUUGUGGAAAUGUCCGAGCAGUCAGAGAGAUGGUAAUCCACAGCCAUCGCACUUGUCUUCUGCUGGAAGUGCUGCGUCAACUCGACACUCCUCUUCCAAUACUGAAGUGAGACAUGGUGGAUCACCUUCUGAUCGCUAUGCAGUUCUUGUAUCUUGCCAUUGUAAUUAUACUGAAUCAAAGCUGUUUUUUAAGCAACCAAUAAGCUGGAAGCCUCGUAUUCCAAGGGAUCUAAGGAUAUCUGUUUCAGCUGAGAUACCAAAACAAACUCUUGGAUCGAAUAGAAUUCAGCUUCCAAUUCAGGUUUUAACGCUUCAAGCAUCGAACAUGACAUUUGAUGAUAUGACACUGACAUUUCUGGCGCCUACAUCAUAUCGUUCUCCUUCAGAAAUGUCGAACAACGCAACAUCCUCACAUUUGAGCCUGCGUGCCUCUUCUAUGGACAUUGCAGAUAAGGUGAAGAGUGAUAAACAUGAGGGUGUUGUACAUAGCCUAAGUUCUGCCUCUGUGAAUCAAGGAGAGGACAAUGAAGAUGAUCCACAAUCAGCUUCUGUCAAGGAGACGCCUUUGCCUCAAUUUGGCAUGGGUCCAGUGAAUGAUCUGCGCUGCACUCAUUUAUGGUUGCAGAGCAGAGUUCCACUAGGAUGUCUGCCUUCUCAAUCUACGGCAACCAUCAAGCUUGAAGUACUCCCUUUGACUGGUGGUAUUAUUAAUCUUGAUUCAAUACAAAUUGAUGUUAAAGAAAAAGGUCUUAUUUUUGUACCUGAGAAAGACCUGAAGAUCAGUGCAAGUUCAUGCAUUGUCAAUGCUAUGAUGUGAAAUGGUUGGCUGCUCUCAGUAUCUAAUUAUUCAUCACAGUCACAGGGGCUCUGGCAAGAACCUCCCAAAUAGCUACGCAGCAUUGCGGUGUGUGCUUUUCUGCUCAUAGGAGAUCUAUACAAUUGAGUUCAUCCCUAUGUUGGAGCUACCAGUGCUCUUCCCACCCCUGCAUGCGCAGGCAUCCAUCCAAGCUGAGAUCGGGCGAAAUUAGUUACUGGCAGCAUAUAGGUGAGGAGGCUAAUCAAAGCAAUCACUUGAUGUGAAUGGUAUGUGUUAUCAUGUACUUUGGGUGAUAUGGUAGUGAGAAGAAAUAGAGAAUUUUAGUUCUAAUUCAUUCAUGGGUUGGAACUGAAAGUUACUUGACCAUUUUGAAUUGGAAUGUCUGUCUUAUUUCCAUUGUCAAAAAAGAAGUGCUGUUUUUGUGAUUAUAAGCAUUAGUGUAAUUCUUCCUCCUCACUAUACUAUAUUAUCAUUAGGAGUAGUUGUGGAUAGAGAUGGAGAUGGGGUAUAGAACGUAGAACGUGCUGUGCUUUUCUUUGGAGAAGAUUUGAUGGUGCAAUAACAUUAGUGAUUUGGGGGAUGACAUGACAGAAGGCUAUUAGCCAUUGGCCUCCCCUGAAUAACAUAAUGAACAAAUCAAUUAGGUCAAACUAUGUAUUGUAUGGCUUAUUAUUAUUAUUAUUGUUGUUGUUGUUGUUGUUAUUGUGACAUCUCUUUU